AUGCCGGGAUUAUUCUCAUCUUGGAAACCACGUUUUCGAACACGUAAAACAUCAGAUUCAGAACGUUCUUCAAAUUCUUCAUCAAUUCCACCAUUUUUACAUUCUCUUUCAUCAACAUCAUCUACUUCACCGUUAUCUAAACGUUUAAACAAACGUAUGGUACAUUUUCAUGAAAAUGGAUUGAUAAGUAAUCGAGACGGAGGAGCAGUUAAUUGGAAAUAUAUUGAUGAUAAGAAGGCACCAUUAGCAAGCGGUGAAUUAGAUGAAACGAAGGAUGAAGGGCAAAAAAAUGAUAAACAACUUUUGAAUAUAUCAUUGUCACAACAACAACCGCAACAACAACAACAGCAACAACAACCGCAACAACAACAGCAACAACAACAACAACCGCAACAACAACAGCAACAACAACAACAACCGCAACAACAACAACAGCAGCAGCAGCAACAACAACAGCAACAGCAGCAACAACAACAGCAACAGCAGCAACAACAACAACAACAGCAACAGCAACAGCAACAGCAACAACAACAACAACAACAACAACAACAGCAACAACAAGUGAAUGAUGAUUUGAUUGAAACGAAAAGUGAUGAUGAGAUUCAUUCGAAUGGUAGCCAAUCAAUUAUAAACCGAUCAUUUGGUGUGGUAUACCUUGAAUUAAACGAUGAAGUUAAGCGUGCCCUUUUACCACCAACUGUUCAUAGCAUUGAUACUAUUCGAGCAUUAUUUUUGCGAUCAUUUCCACAACUAACACCACAAUAUCUUAGCUUAUCAUAUGUAAAAAUUUACAUUCAAGAACCCUCAAAAGGACAACUUUUCUACGAACUUGAUGAUCUCAGAGAUAUCAAAGAUCAAGCAGUAUUAAAAUUACGUGAACAAUCAAAUGGAUAUCAAACGAAGCAAUCAAAUCGUUUUUUAAAUAGUCAUUCAUCAUUGGAUUAUUUGAGUGAAUCGGAAAUUGAUCUGAUGGAUUAUCGAAAUCGUACAUCAACGGUACGUCGUUAUCGACCAGCAAGUGCUUUAGAUAGUCGAAUGUUAUCUGUUACGGGUACUUCAAUCAGAUCUCCAAUAUCAUCACGUUUUGAUCAUUAUCGUGAUCCAUAUGCCAGUGAUACAAGUAGUCAGGAACGUUCUGGAUCAGUUACACCAAUAAUUGAUAAAGAAGCAAGAAUUCGUAUGGAAACGAUGGAACGUCAAUUAGCAGGUUUAUCCUCUUUGGUACAUUCCGCAUUGAUAAGUAAAGGAAUGAGCGAAACGAGUCAACGAGAUAUGGAAGAAUUACGAAAGCAAAUUUUAGCACUUCAUCCAGAUGUAGCAUCAAUUGCAUCAGAAAGCAGUAUACAAAGUACCGAUCCAUCAUUUAUGGAUUCGUUAUUUUUGAGCGGUGAAACACAGCAGCAAAUUUUAAAAUUUAAACGACAUAUAAAUGAAAUGAAAAAUCAAUUGAAGCAAAUUCGACGUACAGUACAGAUGAAUACGCAAGCAUCACGUGAUAUUUUACGUGAUGCAUUUGAUCGAGUUCAUCAGUACGUUGCAGAUUAUUUCGGUACCACGCCAUCACAUCAUUCAACAUCAAAUGUCAAUGAUACACUUAAAUCGGAACAUAUUACUCAAAUUGCUAAUCUUCAAAAAUCAUUACAAAUAUUUGAAGAAAAUGUUGAAGAAGUCAGACAUUUAGUAUUAAAUACAAAUCGGAAAUUACGUAUGAGUGAAGUGGAAGCAUUUACUGAAACACUUACAAGAAUUGGUCGUACUGCGGCAAAAUUGAAAACACAAUUUCCAACAAUACAGUAUGAAUUACAAAAGGAAAUUAAAACAAAUAUGGAACGAAUUGUUUGUGAGGAGAAAUUUAUCAAAGAAGAAACAGCACAAAUUGAUCAAUGCUUACGACGUUGUAAAACAUUAGCAAAUAUGAUGGUAACAAUGAAAAAAUUAGCAAUGGUGCAAGAUCCAAGUUUGAAUGUAUUAAAAUUGGAAAAGAAUAACAACAACAACAACAACAACAAUCGAACAUUAUUUACACUUAAAGAAAAUGAAUUUACAACCGGCCCAAUGAAAUUUAUGCAAAAAAGUGAUCGAUUAAAUGGUAGUCGUAUAAAAAAUGACAAUCAACAACAAAUAUAUGAUGGAAAAAUGAAUGAAAAAUUAUCACCACCAUCAAUACCACCACCACCUAUUUAUUAUGAAGAUGCAAAUGUUUUGGAUACAAUCUUAGAUGAGCUUACAAAUACGGUACAACGUGAUAUGCGUUCGAAAUCAAAAUCACCAAAUUCAGCAUUAUCAUUUCCCAUUGUACGAAAUGGUCCACCAAAACCGCCGGAACGUCAUUCAACAACUGAUAUUCGAAAUCGUUUUACACCAUUUGAAAUCCAAGAAGUGCAACGUCGAGCAAUUGAAAGUGUUUCACCAAUUCCAGGCUAG